AUGAAUAGUGAGCGAAUUUUGUCGAAAAAUCCAUUAAAUGGAGAUACUGGAUUGCGGAAUGCUAACGAUGCUAGUUCCAUUAUCAUCUCUCCAGGUGCAGUGGGCAGCUUUUCAUCGCGGUGUUCAUUUCUAAACCAAAAAUAUUCGAAUUGGUUGGGAAAAUGCAUUUUGCUUUUCUUGAUGCUGGCAGUGUUUAUUUUUGGCUUACUUUUGGCGUUUUUGGUAGGGCAUUGGGUUGCCAAGUCGAAUAGUCCAGAUCAAUUGGAAGUGGAAAAAGAAGUGGUGGUGAAGAAUAUUACGUUGUUGGGUGUAUAUCCACCUACAUCAAAUUUAAUUCCUCCAAAGGCAUUUCAUUCUUCUAUGAGUCCUGCGACAAUCCAAAAAUAUCGAGAAGUUCCUUUGGCACGAUUACCCAGAACACUUCGACCUGAACAUUAUGAUCUACAGCUGGACUUUACGAAGGUGAUUUCAAAAGAACAAAUUUUCGGCAAUGUAUCGAUACUUCUUGAAUCAUACGGUAAUUCUACAACACCCCAUGAAGUUGCCUUUCAUGCGGCGGCGAAUGUAUAUAUCGGCAGAGUACUCUUACGUUAUCGAGGAAAAGAUGUUGGCAUAAAGACAUUCAAACGAGAGCAACGUGCCAGGAUAAUUCGACUCUUGCUCGAACAACCUUUGAAACAUGGAUGGUAUGCACUCGAAAUGGAAUUUGUUACAAAAAUUUGCGAGGACACCAAUGGAGGAGUACAAUGUUAUCGGGGUAUAGGAAAUAAUGAUAAUCCAUCACCAAGGAAUCAGCAUUUACCAAUAAUCAGUUUUACCACAAAAUUUCAGCCAUCAUUGGCUAGAACUUUUUUUCCAUGUUGGGAUGAACCGAACUGGAAGGCAACAUACAACAUCACCAUACUACACUCAAGUUCGAUCACGGUUUUAACAAAUGCAGCACCACUUCACUUCACUCAAAAGCAACGACUCUCUUUUGUUCGUACAAAAUUCCGAGAAACACCACCAAUCCCGGCAUUUUUACUCGCAUUUGCAUUUGGUCCGUACAACAGCUUGGAAAGGAGUACCGGAUGUGAUGUAUUACUUACUAUAUGGGCAUUUCCCGAAGAUCUCAUCUAUGCCAAAUUUGCUGCAAAUUUUUCUCCUUACAUGUUCGACCAACUUGCAAAAGAGUUUGUUAUACCGUAUCCUCUCUCAAAAAUCGACUUUGUAGCUGCUCAUUCAUUUCCAGUUAACGGUAUUGAAAAUUGGGGACUAGUUGUAUUCCAGAAGGAAAUGUUCUUACUAGAUUCAUUGCUCGAAAAUAAUGCGAAUAUGUCAGUGGAUUUAUUGGCUGAACAGUAUGAUAUCGAAAAAGUCAUUACUCAUGAACUUGUCCAUCAAUGGUUUGGAAAUUUGGUUACAAUAAAUGAUUGGUCUGAGUUGUGGUUAAGUGAAGGAUUUACGUCGUAUUAUGUAAGUGAUUUUCUGAAAAAACAACGUCCAAUUCUGGCCACUAACGAAUAUUUCCUUCGUCUUUCUCAACUACUGUCAAAACAGACGUCAAAUGAGAAGGUGCCGCUAGUAAAACGUUUUAGAACGGAAGCGGAGGUAGAAAAUGCUUUCAAUCCAUACCAUUUGUAUACAAAAGGAGCUGUUAUUGUUAAGAUGAUGCGCGAUUUGGUCGGCGAGAAUAACUUCCGUGAAGGUGUCAGGAGAUUUUUGAAAACAAACGCCUACAAAAGCAUUGGGCGGUCAGCACUAUGGAAGGCAAUGCCAGCUUACACUGAUCAUGGUUUGGAAAACAAGAAACUUGAAAAUGUUAUUGAACCUUGGCUUCUUAACGAUGGUAUGCCUGAGGUGAUGGUAAGUCGAAACUACGACUAUGGCACUAUACGUCUUAUUCCGAGACCAUCUGAUCAAAAUCGUUAUGUUAUUUAUUUACAAGGUGGUAGCACAAGGGGUCAUAGUACAGCGAAUUCAAAAGAAUCUAUUAAAAAAGUAAGAGCAAAGAAAUGGACGGAUAAAGUUUCCAUGAAGUCAAGAAUGAAGUAUCGCAGAACAGGUAGAUCGGAAGAAGCUGAAGUUACAAGCAAUAAAGAAACAUCAUCAUCAUCAUCAUCAUCAUUAUCUUUUUACGUUGAAUUUAUGAGUAAACAACGAAGUUUUAAGAAUGUGAGAAUCAAUUCGACGAAGCAAGGAGCUAAACACAAGCAAAUAGUUAGUUUCUUUCGAGAUCUGUAG